AUGAGUGGGAUAGCAGAAGGGAGCGCGACUACGACCUCGACGAGAACCAAGGACGGAAUCCCCACGUGGAGUGGGGAAGCCUCCAGCUUCACGGCCUACGAAGAGGCCGCCUUGCUGUGGGAGCAGUCGCUCACGUAUGACAAGCGGUACACGGCGGGGCCAAAGCUGGUUCAAGAACUGAGCGGCGCCGCACGGCGCUAUGUGACAGGGCAACCAGCGGGCUGGGUGGCAUUCCGAGGUGGAGUGGUCAUCCUCAUGGACCACUUGAGGAAGGCGCUGGGGAAACCCCGCGUGAACGAGGUGACGGAUCUCUUGACUACGUACUUCAAAGGGUCCAAGCGGAGAAGUGGCGAAAGCAUGAACGAGUACAUCACCAAGAAGACCGAGGCCUAUAUGAGGGCGAGCCAAGCUUUACGCCGAGUACAACCGCACUACGAGAAGGACCAACCGGGCACUACCUCCUCAGCUACGACUCCGACCGCGUGGCAGUGGCAUGGCCAUGACUACGGGACCAGCAACUGGGGCCGCCAGUGGACACCAGCCUCUGAGGGUGAUGGCACAGCCAGUGCUGAGGAGACUGCCAGUUCCACUCGCCCUUCCGAGGCAGCCGGCAGCCAGGAUGACCCCUGGCAGGGAGCGAAUGCCUGGAACACCGGGCAGGGAUGGAACUGGUACUAUGGAUGGCAAGGCUGGAAUCCCGGGGGCCGGGACUGGCGAGCUACGAGCUGGAGUUCUACAUCCCAGACUUCGGAAGGGAGGUGGUACCUCCUGAUGGACGCGGGCCUGGACCAUGGAGAGAGGAAUCUCGUGAUGACGGCCCUGGGUGGAGACUUCCAGCCCCAGCGGGUUGGACAGGAACUCCGGAACCAGUUCCCAGAAGGAGAAGUACGGCGGCGAGACCAAAACCGCCGACACCAGAGCUACAUCGGGGAGCUCGCCGAUGAGAUGGACGAGGACUUUGAGGACCUCGGGGUGUCGCCGGAGGACUUGGAGGCCGAGGGCAUGAAUGAGGAGGGCGUCGCUUUGGUGGUGGACGCCGAAGCGGCCGCUCAGAGCGCCCUCGCGGCUUUGCAUGAGGCCAAAAGAACCCUCAAGGACGCCAGGUUUCGCCAGAAGAUGGUCAAGCAGAACAGGAAGUACUACCAGAGCAGCGGACGUGGCAGCUGGGGUCACAAACCCCGGGAUGAUAGCAACAUGGAGUGUUUGGCUUGCGGCAAGAAGGGACACCGGGCAGCCAACUGCCCCAAUCAGAAGACAGCCGCAAUCGCAACUGCCACCGAGGCCACAGAGCACGCACCCUUUGUGUGCUACUCAGGCGCCGUGGAGACCGAGACUGUGAUCAACGAGGACGAAGAGGGCUUCGCUGGAUACGCGGACCAUGGAGGAGAUGGCCCGCUGAACGAGGCCUUGAGUGCAGAGGGCAACUCCGAAGGAAUCACUACGGCGGAAGCGGUGACACGAGGCUACUGCGUGGUGGAUGGAGGCGCAACGCAGACGAUUGGGUCAGUGGUGGCCGUGGAAUCAGUGCUGCGCCAAAAUCGUCUCAAGUAUGGGGACUCGCGGCUGAAGGGCGUUAACACCGAGAAUCCCCCGAGCUUCGCCUUCGGGAACUCUUCGACCAACCGUUGUCUCAGCACAGCAAAGCUGAUGGUUUCUGCCAACGGCUCUCCAGGAGAGCUGAGAGUCCACACUCUCAAUCAUGGGCAAAGCCCAAUCCUUUUGAGCGUGGAAACGCUCAGGAAGGUAGGAGCUGUUAUAGAUUUUUCUGCGGAUUUAGCUGUCUUUAGGCAGUUGGAUCCUACUCGCAUCAUCCCUUUGACCCGUGGUGCUUCAGGUCAUCAGCUCCUGCCGCUCACCGAAGACUGGAUGCAGAAUGCACUUCCAGCCACUGGGGCUACGGAAGUGAUGAAGCCUCUGCAUGCGCGACACAAUGUGCUGAGCCGCGACCUAGAGAUCAUGCUGUCGUUGCACCACUUCCCGGAACGCAUGGCAGCAAUCCCGGCUCAGUCCCAGGUGUUCCAUCCGACCGUCCUCCAGCCUCUUGCAAUCAUGGAGCGCUGGAACAAACCCGAGCUCACCCUGUUCCUCCGCACCCACGGGGAGGAACCGCCUCGCAGCUGGACCAAGGUGCAGCUGAAGCAGCGAAUCUACGACAUGAUCGAACAGGGGGAGGCCGAAGCGCCAGCCUCCAACAAGAAGUCAAAGACCCCUCUGCAGAUGAUGACGGCGGAAAUGAACAAGAAGAGCCAGAAGAAGGCGACGCUCAUCAAGUACGCGGAGGAGGAACACAAUGUGAAGGUGACACCCAACGACACGAUCAGCACCAUCCAGCGGAAGCUCCUGAACUACUUCAUGAGCACGGUGAUUCCGGUGGGCGAGGACGUGAUGGGCUUUGGCAAGAAGUACGUCGAAUGGGCCAAGACGACCAGCCAGGAAGGGGAUUGCUCCCCAUUUCUCCGACGGUUUGUGCGCUGGGUGAACGAGUAUGCGGACUUCGAGGACGAACUGGUGACAGCUAUGCCUACCAAGCCGGAGCCGGAGAAGGUGAAGAGUCCGACUCCGAAGAAAGGGUACCCCAACAUGGAGAACCGUCCGGUCCCAUCGACCGGGGAGGCGAGUUCGAGCUCCAACGCGACCGAGCAGGCCGUGAUGCAGCUGGCCAAUGUGGUGUCGGCGCUGAUGAAGGAGGUUCAGGACCUGAAGGAAGAGAAGUCCGAGAAGCCACGCAAGAUCACAGCCCGCCCGGACGAGCUGAUGGAGAAGACCAAGGACAACCGACGGGACACCCUGACAGCGCCUGUAGAUGUUCGCUUUGGAGCGAUCCAAGAGUUGAAGGCUAAGAGAGCCCACGCCAACAAGCUGUAUGAGAGCACGAUCGAAAUAGUGAAGUUUUGCCAGCAGCAGGGGACGCAUGUCACCGUUGAACUGCCAGAGAAGUGUGAAGCGUGGAGGUUGCCCCUCUUUCAGAAGCUUAGGUUUGAGAUGGGCCUUCAGACUUGCGUGACCAAGGGAUGUUCUGUUGGACUUCGAGGUGGUGAUGGCCAGAUGAUGAUGAAGGGGUGGCGACUGGUGACGAGUCAUGGACGACUGGCGGAGAUGAUGCAUAAGCCAUGUCAGUGUAGCGCGCAGUACAAGCAUGCCAAGUGCGAGGGAACCAACGCAAAAGGGCCCCAGGCUCGAAAUCUUGCGACCCUGGAGCCUCUUCCACCCAAGCUGUCAACCAUCAGUGCCGACGUGGGCGCCUUCCGCAGUCAUGCUGUUGAAGAGUGGUGCGACAAGUAUAACAUAUUCUUGGACGUCAUACCAGGUGAGGCGCAUUGGAAGAUAGGUACAUGCGAGAAUGCUGUAAAGGGUGUCAAGGCUGUAAUGGAGAAGCUCAGUCUCCACGAUGAGGAGAUUACCGCCACGGAGGCCUUAUCCGAGGCCGUAGCAGCUUUCAAUCACAAGGAGUUGGUCCGCGGUUUUUCCCCUGCUCAGCACCUCUUGGGACAGGCGCCGGAUGAGACCGGGAGGUUCGUUGCAGCGUGCAAGGAAGUGCCUCCUCAUAUCCUGUGUGAACAUCCUGAUGGUGAGUUUGAGCGAGCGGUGCAACGGAGAGCGGAAGCUGAAAAGGCGGUGCUAGACUACAAUGCUCAGCAGCGCAUUCUGCGUGCUAAACAUUCCAGGCACAGACCUUGCUACGACUACGUGCCGGGCGAGUUGGUCUACUACUGGCGCACCCAGGACGCCCAGAAGGGGCGGCGCCAACCAGGCGGCAAGCAUGGCAGGUUCUUGGGACCUGCCCGGAUACUGGCCACCGAAACGCGAAGGGAACCCGAUGGAACCCUCAAACCGGGUGGCGUCAUCUGGGUUGUCAAGGGCAGGAGCUUGCUAAAGUGCAGUGCCGAACAGCUCCGCCGUGCAAGCCAUCGCGAAGAACUGUUGGAGAGCCUGGCCGACAACCCAGAACAGAGAACUCCCUGGAGCUUCCAGUCAGUGGCUGCCGAGAUCGGCGGCAACAAGUUCGAGGACCUCACGGACCAGGUCCCCGACCUACGAGAGUGGACUCGAGCCCAACAGCCCGAAGAAGAAGUGCAGCCUACUCGCUAUCGCUUCCGAGGGAAGCGAGCUCCCCACCAGCGCGGUGGAGACGAGGAUGUUCCCAUGGAAGAGGACGAGACUGAGAACCCACCGGUCCUUCAUCGGGAGCGCUCCCGAAGCCGAGGGCCUACCGGUGCCGCGCCAGCCGACGCAGCACAAGCAGCUUGGUGGAACGACGUGGCCACCAAGCACUGGCCCCAAGAGGAGUCAGCCUACUGGUCCGACGACAAGGCAGCAGUGGAGAUCGAAAUCCCCAUGCCCGAGAGCGUGCGUGGCCAGGAAAAAGCCUGGCGAAACCUGGGAGCCUACUUCGUGGGAAGCAUGAAGAGACGAGCGGUGGAGUUGUCUGAGCGACGGAUGACGGCUCAAGAGCUUGAAGCAUUCCAGGGCGCAAAGGCCAUCGAGGUGAAGAACUUUGUCGCUUCCAAAGCCUUCGAGACCCUCCCGGAGCAUUUGAAGCCGGACCGCAGCCAGGCGAUAGGUAUGCGUUGGAUCCUGACAUGGAAAUUAAAAGAAGACGGGAGCCGAAAGGCUAAGGCAAGAGCCGUCUUGCUUGGCUACCAAGACGGGAGCUACGAACACAGAGCUACCUCGUCUCCCGUCAUGACGAGACAGAGCAGACAGCUCAUAUUGCAGAUGGCCGCGUGGCGGAAGUGGCAAGUACAGAAAGGCGAUGUGACGGGCGCCUUCCUGCAGAGCCGCCAGUAUCCCGACGAGCUUUUCUGCAUACCAACUCCUGAGAUUUGUCGAGCCCUGAACAUCCCAGAAGGCAGCGUGACGCGCGUCAAGCGCGCAUGCUACGGCUUGGUCGAUGCUCCUCUGGAAUGGUACAGAUCAGUAGAUAGCUUCCUACAGGAGAUAGGGUUUGAAAGACUGUGGUCAGAUUCCUGCUGCUGGGCACUCCGGGAAAAAGGCGAGCUACGUGGAAUCGUCAGUGGACAUGUUGACGACUUCUUGUUUGCCGGACAAACCGGGGACAAACUCUGGGAAAGCAAACUCCAGGCCAUUCGUGAAAAAUUCAAAUGGGGCGACUGGGAAACAGGGAAGUUUACACAAUGCGGCGUGAUAGUGAAACAAACCGAAGCUGGUUUUGAGCUCUCCCAACCUACCUACCUUGAAAACCUCCAUGAGAUCACUGUCAACGCAAGUAGGCGAAAAGAUCGAAGCCAAGCCACCUCUGAUAAGGAAAAGACACAGCUACGUGCAUUGCUUGGAGGAAUCAGUUGGCAUGCCCAACAAGUUGCUCCGUACUUGGCAGCGGAUGUAGGACUUCUCUUAACCGAGGUAAGCCGCAGCACAGUGGACACGAUCAUCCGGGCGAACAUUCUGCUCUCCACCGCGAAGGCGAAGCAGAACUACGUGAUGCACAUCCACGCCUUCGACCCACGCGAGCAGGUGAUGUUUGUUGGAUGGGUGGACGCUGCGAAUGGCAAUAGAGUGGACGGUGGAUCCACCCAGGGCAUCUUUAUAGGUGCCACAACGACCGGGAUCAUGGAGGGCAAGAUCAGCAAGGUCAGCCCUAUCGGCUGGCAUUCCCAGAAAAUAGACAGGGCCUGCCGCUCACCUGGAGCGGCGGAGGCUCAAGCUGCGGUCAAUGGUGAGGACAGUCUCUACGCGACGAGGCAUCAGUGGAGUGAGCUUCUAUGGGGAGCUCCUGACCUUCAAAGGCCUGAUUCAGGAGUUUGUCGAGUUCAAGGGUGCCUAGUCACUGACAGCAGGAACGUCUACGACAAGUUGGAGACGGAAGUUCUGGUGGUGAAAGGAGCCGAGAAGCGGACUUCAAUCGAGCUCCUGGCGAUCAAGGAGUCCCAAAUACGGACGGGACUCCAUGUGAGAUGGGUCCAUAGUGAGGCCCAGUUGGCAAACAGCCUCACAAAGAGUGGAGGACAUCGUGAGUACGACCUCUUCGUGAAGAUGAAUCAACAAUGGCGAUUGGUGGAGGAUGCAUCGAUGAUGUCGGCUCGACGCCGACGCGAGCAAGGACUUCUUCCCCUCGAGCAGCCACAAGGGAAAUCUAGAGUUACCGGGGUUCAACAAGAUAAUGUUCAGCCGAAGCAGACGGAGCCAGAAGAGCUCCUCAAGAUUUCCAGCGGAGGAAGGGGGGCAUGA